AUGGAUAUGGAUAAUGUUAACCGUCCUGCCAUCAACAUAUGGACGUUCUUCGCCCUGGCUGCUUUGGACAUCGCAGUAAACGCGGCCGCUGGUCCAGCUGCAGUGGCGACCGCCGCGCAUGUCAAUGGGAGUCCACUGACGGCGAGAGCAAUGCAAAUCGGUGCUCUCGCUGGAGUCACUAAAUCAGGGGUGUUGGCGUUCGUCGAAUUCGCGGGGUUCGCGGGCUUGCCAACCCCCGCGUGGAUACUGUUGGUUCUGGUGGCAAGUGGCUUUGGGAUUUGUGUCCUGGUCACGGCGGAGGUUAGCAAUUUGGUUCUUGGAGAAACACCAAGCGCAUUGCUUAUUGCGGCUGUUGUCGCUGCUAUUCCGCUUGCAGGAGAAUGUAUUGGGUUAUAUGAAUCGGCUGGGGGGCUAUAUGGUAGCAAACCUCAGACACAACUUUGUAUUAUGGGCUUCGAUGCCUUGGGGGGAUACGUCUUUGCUCGUAUGGCACAUAACGGAGGCUACGAUAUCUGUCCGUACAAUGUUGCUGCUGCCGCUGGGGCUGUAUAUGGUGUCAUAACCGGUUUCUUCCAUGUUAUCCUUGGGUGUAUGGCCGGAUUUACCUUCUAUGAAAGCACAAAUGGACAUUAUGAAAUACGCAAUGUCUUCGGGACUGCGCGAGGGUAUAACCCCAAUUGGAAUAAUAACAUUGGGGUUUGA